CGCGGUCUCUCCGCCAAUCAGCAAGCGGGGAGGGGCGCGGCGAAUGACAUAAAUACGGCCCCUCCCCCAGUAGACGGCCGAGCUUGAAAGAACUACACUUCCCAGGGUGCACCGCGAGGGAGCGCGUGGGCAGAUGGCCCACUUCCGCUUUAUGGGAGCGCGCGUUGACUGAGCAACCGGCUUCUUACUGCCACUGUGAGACGAGUCAGGAGCUGCUCCGCCCUCUCCAGCUCAGGAUAUUGAGCUUCCUGGGUCAGAUGCUGCUGCCUGCGUUGUCAUCUGGGAGCCCAGACUGAGCAGCUGCUGCUCCCCCGGUGGGCUCUGGGCUUGGGAGUGACUUGGAGUGAAGCUUCCUCUGUGCCCAGGCAAGGUGAUGGGAUGGUGAAUGAGACCAUGGAUCAGAAUCCUCAGCAGGAAGAUGAUGAGGAAGUGGAACCACAUGGGGUGUUACUGCAAAGAUGCAAAGGGAGUGUGUCCAGAAGUUGUGAGCAGGAAAAAGCCUGUGAGAGUCAGUACAGGCCAGAGAAGCAGCAGGGAAAACAGCCAACGCAGAAAGCUGGUCAAUCUGUUAAUUAUCAGGGAACUCAGAAACACAAGAAGAAUACCAUGACCCAGCAGAUAAUCCUCAUGGGAGAGAGAAAUAACACAUGCACUGAGUGUGGGAAAAAGUUCAGUAAGCGAGCACACCUUAUUAUCCAUCAAAGAAGUCACACAGGGGAGAAACCCUAUGAAUGCUGUGAGUGUGGGAAAACCUUCGCUCAGAGCUCAAACCUUACUACACAUAAGCGAAUUCACACAGGAGUGAAACCCUAUGAAUGCUGUGAGUGUGGGAAAUCCUUCACUGAUCACUCAACCCUUAUUACUCAUCGGAGAAUCCACACAGGGGAGAAACCCUAUGAAUGCUGUGAGUGUGGAAAAUCCUUCUCUCGGAGCUUACAUCUUAUUCAACAUCAGAGAAUCCACACAGGGGAGAAACCCUAUGAAUGCUGUGAGUGUGGGCAAACCUUCGCUCAGAGCUCACAGCUUAUUAGACAUCAGAGGAUCCACACAGGGGAGAAACCCUAUGAAUGCUGUGAAUGCGGGAAAACCUUUACUGGUAGUUCAAACCUUAUUAGCCAUCAGAGAAUCCACACAGGGGAAAAACCGUAUGAAUGCUGUGAGUGUGGGAAAACCUUCACUGAUAGCUCAACCCUUAUUAGCCACCAGAGAAUCCACACAGGGCAGAAACCCUAUAGAUGUUCUGAGUGUGGGAAAACCUUCUCUUGGAGCUCAGCUCUUAUUCAGCAUCAGAGAAUCCACACAGGGGAGAAACCCUAUGAAUGCUGUGAGUGCAGGAAAACUUUUUCUCAGAACUCAGCUCUUAUUCAACAUCAGAGAAUCCACACAGGGGAGAAACCCUACACAUGUUGUGAGUGCAGGAAAACCUUUGCUCAGAGCUCAAAACUUAUUAGACAUCAGAGGAUCCACACAAGAGAGUGACCUCAUGAAUUUUAUGAAUAUUGCAAGUUCUUAUAUCUGAACUCAGCCUUUAUUUAUUAUUAUAGGGCUGGUCUAUACUGGGGGGGAUCGAUCUAAGAUACGCAGCUUCAGCUACGUGAAUAGCAUAGCUGAAGUCAAAGUAUCUCAGAUCGAUUUUACCUGGGGUUCUCACAGCGUGGGAUCGACAUCUGCAGCUCCCCCGUCGACUCCGCUACCGCGGUUCGUGCUGGUGGAGUUCCAGAGUCAACAGGGAGUGCGUUUGGGGAUCAAUAUAUUGCGUCUAGAUGAGACAUGAUAUAUCGAUCCCCGAGAAAUCGAUCGCUACCCGCCGAUAAGGCGGGUAGUCUGGAUGUACCCAGAGAUGGUGCAAGGGAGAUAGAGACCAUACAAAUCCUGUCUAGAGCUGAGAAAAGAUUGUUUUCCUUUCACUAAUUCCCACUUUGUGAAAUUUAAGGCACCAUUUGUGUCCCUGUGAUCUUUCAGUUCCCCGAGAUGAGUUGUCUGCUUUUCCCUUCUGUAGCACAUCCUCCCUUGGGGAGAAUCCCAGAGUCUUUAUGAUCAGCUGCUUUGUUCUAUGUUGUGGAAGUGUGUCUCCCUCAAACAAGAAUGUCUGUCAACUCCAGGUAGGGGAACCAGGAGUGACCUCAACUAGGGACAUGGAGGUUUAAUGUAUUUGGGCCUUGAUUCCACUAGGAAUUAGCUGGCUUCAAUUAGCAAUCUUGAUGUAAAAACAAAGGGUUUUUUUCCCAUUAAAAAGAUAGUUUUUUGUAGUGGCUAUGGUAAUUUAUCAAAAUUUGUGAAGACCUGACAUAAUAUCCAUCACUUUUCCUAGUGUAAACAAAUUUGGAGCAUCACAUAUAUACUUUUCCUCCGACUGCAAAGCAAUUGUUGGUCACCACAUUCCCCCACUAUGGACAGAUUGUCUCAUUCCCAGUUGUUUUCACAUUGCACUAGGUUCUGCUGAACGUUUUUGUACCCUUUUUCUCCUUUUAAAUAUAUAUAAAUAUAACAAAGAGAAGGAGCAGCAUUAGGGAUAGGAAAAUAAGUUUUUUUCAACCUCUGUGACACCUGAAGAAGAAGUGGUGGGAUUCCAAAUUACUCCAGCAGUGUUUUUCAGAAUUUAUGUAGGAUUUAUGUUUUCCACUUUCUACACCUCCAUCUCUCAGUGUUUCUUAUGAUUCAGUGUUCUCAGCCCUCUGCUUGGGAAUGGCACUUAGAUUUGAUCCUAAAACAUAGUAAUUUAAGGCCUGAGAUGAAAGUGUCACAGACCUGGAAGGGGAAUUUGAAUGGAUCUCAAAUGCAGUAAAAUCCUUUGGAGUUCAAAUCUCAGUUUCCAACUAUUAGCAAAGUCUCUUCUCAGAUUUUUCAUAUUCAGAUGGGAUUGUUUGCAGAUGGAGAGGUUGCGUUUUUUCCCCAUUAUGAUGAUGCUAGAAGUUUGUAAAAGAUGCAACUCAAUAGUAAUGAGUGAAGCACGUUUCAGUGGAUCAGAAGAGAAUGUAAUGGGAGAAUCUCUUGUCUUGAUUCUGAGUCAUCACCUUUAACUUGCUCUGGAAUUUCUAUUUAUAUGAAACUGGAUGUAUCGUAUACCUCUCUGUGUUGUGGGUUUUUCCUCUUUUUUGAGGGUC